ACAAAAUGAAGCGCUAAGUCUGAUGUUUGCGCCUCAGAUGGAUGAGUCGGAGAGAUCCGACGUACUUCUGAAACUGCUUUUGAUAGGCGAUAUGAAUGUUGGAAAAAGCAGUCUACUCUUCCGCUACACCGAUGAUGGUUUCAGUGAUACUUAUAUGAGUACAAUUGGAGUGGACUUCAAAGUUAAAUCGGUUACGAUUGGUAAUACAAGAGUAAAGCUACAAAUUUGGGAUACAGCUGGACAGGAAAGAUUUCGCACCAUAACAUCAACAUAUUAUCGUGGUGCUCAUGGAAUAAUCAUUGUAUAUGAUGUCAAUGAUGUGAAAACAUUUUGUAAUGUAGAAAAAUGGUUACAAGAGGCACAAACAUAUGCUGAUGAAGGAGUAGCACGAAUACUAGUCGGCAAUAAAAAUGAAGAUGAAGAAUUAAAAACGGUGUCUCCUUGUGAUGCUCAACGUUUAGCAGCUAAAAAUUCCUGUUUUUUUAUUGAAACGUCUGCUAAAAGGGAUGAAAAUGUCGAUCAGAUGUUUGACAUCAUUACAAGAGAAGCUUUACGUUUACGAUUAAAUGCUGUACAAAGACAACAAGAAGCUCAACAAACAGUAGUUCAGCUGACACCAAUUACUGGAUUAAAAUCAAAGCAUAAAGUGAAAUGCUGUAAAGGAUAGUUAAUUUUCUUUUCGUCUAAUCUGUUUUUUUUUUCUUUUUAAUUUAUUGACUCGCUUAUUAUUAUUAUUAUUAUUAUCCACUUAAUAUCAUAAAAUUGAGUUACAUUGAGACUGUAAAACGCAAUAAUCAGAAUAAUACUGUUACAACAACAACAGCUACUACUACUACUACUACUACU